CCCAAACUUAAUAAGUUAAGUUUCUAAACAGACAUCGAUAUUUUGAUGCCUCCUUAAGGCUUUAAUUCUUACAUGUACAAAAGUAUAUAAUAUGCAUUUGGAUAUUCUUGCAGGAUGUGGUUAUUGAAAUCAAUCAUAUUUUAAUAUUUGAGAACUGCAAAUGAGAUAAUUUCUCAAAGGUUUGAACAAUAUAUGUAAUGAGAUACUUCAGGACGUUUGACAGCUGGAAUAGCAGACAUCAAUAGGCGUACUCCAGAACAAUUGGAUUUGGCUUGAGAUGUACCAAAAAUAAGACAUUGCAACAUGUAUCCUGUGAGAUGUCUUGUGACUACACAUAUCUCAGCUGAUUGACAGCCCUGACAAGUGGACUGUUAUUUCCUUUGAGAGUGACAACAAGGGGCUAGUGAUAAAAUCCUCAAGACUGCGGCUUCUGGACAACACAGAUGAAAUGAUAGUGGGAUGUGCAGUAAAGUGCAAAGCCUUUCCAAAGUACAAAGCAACAAUUAAAUGUAUAACAGAUGAGGAAGAUGAUGCCAAUACCUUGUUGGACAAACAGAGAAAGAUGUUUGAGGAUGAAAUAGGUCAACUUAUUGAAGGCAUUCAGCAUCCCCGAGGAGCUAAGAAAAGAAGUACUGAGGAAUAUGCAGAAUUGGCAACAACUAGUACUUCAGAAAUAGAAAAUGAAGAUAUCAGUGAAAUUCAACCUGUAAAGCGUCGAAAGACAAGAAAACGGAAGAAUGCAUCCAAAAUUAAGAAGCCCUUGAAGGAUGACAAAGUUACCAAAGUUAAACUGUCUCAGCUGAACAAUAUAGAACUAGUGCACAAACGCUCAAAAGAAAGAAGUGAAAAGUUUGCCACACUUUUUGCCACAAAUUUGAAUGCCAAAGUUCAAGAAGUCUCGACACCUAUUUCAAGACAAUCAAGCCCAGUGUUUUCUUCACCAGUUGCCAUUCGUAAGGCCCGCAUGAGCACCAGCACCCACACCGUUGUAGAAGUAACUCAGAUAACAGAGUGCAAUAAUCCUACCAAUAACACAAGUCUGAAUGUCAGAAAUGAUAAAGAGAAUCAGUUGUCUGGAUUGAACAUAUCUGGAAAUUUAAUAGAACUCAUAGAUGACAUGGCAACAAACAUGGAAACAAACCCGUCCUCAGGAUAUCAAG